CGGGUCGUGACGUAACUGCCACCGACCUUUCUUAUUGGCUGAGUACUGGACGCGGUUCCCAGGGAGACGAAUCCACAAACAUUUGCCGAAACGUCGUCGAAACGCUUCAAACGACUUGAAAGCUUUACUCUGACACGGUACUGGGAAAAGAAAGGCAAAAUAUUAUCAAUCACUGUUGAAGCUGGGUUUUCCCAUUAAAGUGUUUUGUUGUGUGUUUUUUUUUUGUGCGUUUAUUUUAGAACUCGAAGCCAAGGCGUCACGUGCCAAGUCGGUUGAAUUUAACACGACGUAAAAGACGACAAAGAUGAGUCGUAACCUGAGUCGCAGUCAGCAGUACCGGCUGGUGGAGCAGCGACGCGCCCACGAGGAGCAUAAGCAGCUGGAGGCCCAGCGAGUGGACCGAGACCGGAAAAUGGUGGCCGCCAUGAAGGAAGAGGACAGUGUGGACAGAAAAAGGUUCUUAAGACAGGUGCAGGAGGAACAGAAAGAAAGAGAGAUCGAGAACGCCAUGAUAAAGGCCCAUACUGAGAAACUGUUGAGAGAGAAGCAGCUUGUCCAAGAGGAGAAGCUGGCUAAAGAGCUGGCCCGCAUCAACCAUGACAGGCAACGAGAAGGCAAGAUCAGGCAGUAUAUUAGAGAGAACAGCAUUGAGCUUCGAGAAUUAGAGUCCAAGUUGAAAUUGGCCUACGUGAGCAAGGAGCAAGUGGCGCAGAUGGCAGAGCACGAAGCUAUCAAGUGUGAGACAAUGCGUGAAGAGGCGGAGCUCUACAACAAGAUGAAGAGCAACUUUGACCAGGCCACCAUGGAAGAGGAGAAGCUGGAGCAGAGGAAACAAGAGGAACAGCUCCAGUACCAGCACGAUCUCAACCUGCAGCUCGUCGAGCGAGAGCACAAGAGACAAGUGGCCUACGACGACUUUCUCAAGGAGAAGCUCAUGGUGGAUGACAUCGUGCGCAAGAUUUACGAAGAGGAUCAGAUGGAGCGACAGAAGAAGCUGGAGAGGGUGCGCGCCACCCAGAAGCACAUCGAGGACUUCCAGACGCAGCAGGCCGAGUGGCGGCGUUUGGAGAACGAGAGGAUGGAGGAGGAGAACAGACGCAUCAGGGAGUUCGCGAGCAGGCAGCAGAAGUCGCAGCAGGACAGGAUGGCCAAGAUCAGAGCACGAGAAGAAGCAAUACAGAACCUCAGGGAUACGCUCGCGGAGAAAAUGGCUGAAGAGAGGCGACAGCGUGACGACAUGGAGAGAAUGCGCCAGGAGCUUUGUCUCGAGGAACAAGAAGAAGCAUUUAGGAAGAAAGACAUUGAAGACAUGGAGAGGAACAUCAGACAGAGGCUGAUGUUGCAGCGGACCUGCCAGGAGCAGAUGGCCAUGAAGGAGAUGCGUCGGCAGGCGGAGAGAGACGAAGAGGAGGCCUUCCGGAAAAUGACCAUGGACAAGUUUGCGGAGGACGACCGCAUCGAGCAGAUGAACGCCCAAAGGCGCCGCAUGAAGAUGAUGGAGCACAAACGCGAGGUGGAGAAGCUGAUCGACGACAGACGACGGCAGCACCAGGCUGACAUGGAUAUGAAGGCAAGAGAAGAGGCAAUGGAGCAAGAGCGAGAGGCGCUGUGCAGACAGAUUAUCGAAGAGGAGAGACUACAGCUUCUCCAACGACACGCAACAAAACUUCUCGGACACAUGCCAAAGGGCUUACUUCGUGAAGAUGACCUGAAGCACUUUGAUGAAGACUUCAGGAAAAACUUCCAGACACGUCCAGCAGAGAACUCUGAAAAUCACGGUGGAGGUGGAGAUGGAGAUGAUUGAUUCAUUUUUAAGUCUUUUUUGGGUGCCAUUUUUAAAGGGGAAGUCAACCCCAAAACUUUGUUUACAAUAAUAAGUUCCAUGCAGCCCUACUCGUCUAAACACGGCAUGCCGAAUAAUAAUGUGUUUGUGGAAUAUGUUUUAAGCACCAAAAUCCACC